GUGAUAGCUGCAUUUCCUGUCAGCUGUCCAAGUCUAGACUCAUGUGCUUGUCUGAUUUUGUGCAGGUAUUUGUUUCAAAAGGAGAUAAUCAGUAAGAUACUUUAUCUAAAUGCCAUAAGAAGGCGGAGGAGUAAUAUGGAUAUUCUGCAGUAUGUUCUUUUUCCAAAACUAUGACAAUAUAAUACACUUUUUGGGAAUUUAAGUGUAAAAGCUAAAGGGCCCCAUAUAUAUGGGGGUCCAUUUAUGCCAGAAAUAUGUUUAUGGAUCUUGUGACGUAUUCAUGUGAAAAACCAACGCAAAGUAGUUUGCUAGAAGGGAAAUUAUAAAUUCUUUUUUUAUUUUCUGCUAAAUAAAUAAAAUUUGUAAUAUAUUCUAUAUAUUUGCCUCCCUUAUUGAACAUUUUUGCUGAAAUUCUUUCAUUUGGGGUUUAUUUGUGCCAGCUUUGCACAUCUAAAUGCUGAUUUUUUAUUUUUAUUUUUUUUGUCCAUUCUUCAGAUUAAAUUGAGAGUUUUAGUAAACAUUAAUUCUUCUUUUUGUUUAGCAUAUUCAGAAAAUGAAUAUGCUUUGAUCUAAACUAGAGUAGUUCUGCUCGUGUGUUUAGAAUGCAAAAAAUGGGAAAAAAUUAUUUCCAUGGUAGCAUCAUUAAAUAUCAGUAGAUUCAAAAAAUAUGAUUAAAUGCAGCUACAGUUUUGUGUUUAGUCAUAUAAAUCACUUUUUUAAAGCAAGUAGAGUGACAAGAAUGACUCCAUUGGUUGCAUUUCAGAUGGAAACUGCACAAAGGCAGCUGUGGCUGUAAAAAGGAAAUAAAGCAGUAAAGAAGAGAGUAGGCGGGCCCGCAGGGAGUCGCUUUGGGGAAGAGGUUACAGUACACAGAAACCUGCAGGUUCAUUCUAGUGAACUCAGUCCAAGCCCAGCAUGUGACUGUCUGCCGAUAAGUGAUAUCACAAUAACUCCGAUCACUUAGCUCCAUCUCUUCCUGUAUGGCUGUGUUUCCUCUGCUGCCGUUCAAACGGAGCGAAGCUUGCUGAAGUUUUGCGGUGAAAACCUCUGGAGAUGUUCUGGUUCAGGCAGGGGCUUUGCUUCCUGCCCGCCUUUCUGGUCGUCUGGUCCUCUUGCACUUUCGUCGUUUCCUAUAUUAUUGCGCUCUUUAGAGGCGAUGUGGACAUUAUAUUCCCCUAUAUAAGUGAUACGGGUGCAAAUCCCCCUGAGAGCUGCAUUUUUGGUCUUAUGACCUUCAUUUCUUCAUGUGCAGGAACUGCCACCAUAUACGCCAGAUACAAGUAUGUGGAGAAGCUGACUGAGCAGAACAGCCUGGUCAAGCCGGGCCUGAAUAAAGCCGCGCUCGGGUUUGGGUUUGCCGCCUGUUUUGGGAUGUGCAUCGUUGCUACUUUCCAGGAAACAGCAGUGACGCCAGUCCAUGAUUUGGGGGCGUUGGUAUUUUUCAUCUCUGGAGUUGUUUACAUCAUCCUGCAGUCUGUAAUAUCUUUCCAAGCGUCUCCUCAUGAGUCGUCCAUCUGUGUGCGUCGAUUCCGCUUGUUCUUCGCAAUAGUUGCUUCAGCUGCAUUUUUCCCCACUGUGAUCUGUGCGUAUUUCGUUAAACAAACCACCCUCCACAGGCACACAUAUGACAAUGAUUAUCGGUUCUACAUCACCAGUGCCGUCUGCGAGUGGAUCGUUGCCUUCAGCUUCAUCUGCUUCUUCCUCACAUACAUUAACGACUUCAAAACGUUUAAGUUGCAAGUGAGGACAGAAUAUGAGGACUAGACGAUCGCCAACUUCAUUUCAAUGAAUUUGUGUAUUUUAUGUAAUUUUUUGCACUAGAGUUUUUAUACAAUCAGGUAUUUUUGCUACUUGAAUUGUUCCACAUAAUAUUUUAUGCCUGAUCAUUACAGGUGUAUUUUUUUAUUUUUACCUUUUUAUACAAUCAUUUUACACGAGUGUUAACGUUUUCCUGUUCAAGCACCACUUUGCACUUUGACUGUUGCCACAGCAUCGUGACACAUCCUGUGAGACCUGUGGCCACUAAUAAGAGAAGUUCAUCACACAUUUUACACGUGACUCAUGCAGCCCACGUGGGAAAACGGAAAAACCGCCAAAAAAGAACUGAAGUUCUUAUAUUUGGUGCUUCCUUCACAAGUAUUGUACGACUGUGUUUGAGUUGGUUUUUUUAAAUAAAUUAAACUUUUGUUGCAGUAGCACAGUUACCAGAUGAGAAGUUCCUCCUCUAGAUUAUCAUUUUUAAAAGAGUUGGUUGUAACUAUCCUGUCUUACUUGAACGGCAUGUUUUGUUUUUACCAUUUUAAAAAGCAGCCAAGCGCGUCACGUCAAAUCUAAACAGAAAGUCAUGAAUACACUUAUUGAAACUGUAGAUACUUUGAUCAGUUAAAAAGGUUGAGCAGACAAAAAUGUUUAGUCUUUUAUUUAUAGGAAUUGUUAAGGAGGAAAACAAUGGUGCCAAGUUUUCUUUUUUUGUUUGUUUUUUGGUGGUAAAACCAUUUUUUAACACUGGAUAAAAUUUGUUUAGUGUUGAGAUUUUUUUUAAUGCUUAUGCUCAAACUUAAGGUUGGACUGUUACUAAAUUUUUCAGUGUGAGAUUUCAUUACUGCAACCAAAGGUUAAUUUAUUUUCAGGUUUUUAUGCAUCAAAGAUCGACAUAUACUGUAAAUACGCUGCGUAGAAAGACAAUCAUCAUUUCCUGAACUUUAAGCACCAACACGGAGGCCUUAAAGUCGAUCAGGAAGAGACUGAAAACUUACUGUGACACAAAGUGAUAAAAAAAAGUAGGGUAUGGAAUAUUUUUAAGAAAUAAAGUGCCUUUCUUACGUUAUUCAGUGACAAUAAGAGGUGAAACAUGUCCAGUCUGCAUAUAAACUCAUCCAGUUUUUGUACUUAGAUGUUUAUUUUUGUUCAAACUAUGAUUAUAAGUCGUCCUACACAGCAUUCCAGAUAUUGUGGACAAAACUCACUUUCACUACAAAUGGUUUUACAAGAGAAAAUUUAACUGUAUCCAGCAAACUACUGUCGUACUUUUGACUAAAUGUACUGUAAAGAUGAUUUUAAACAUCUGAAAAAUAAACUGCACAUUUUGUAUCAA